AUGUCUUUCAACUAUGUGGAAUCUGGGCCCCCGACUGCUGUACAACGAGGAACUAAGCGUGCCUUUUCCUCUGUGACGCAGGAUAGGCUACAUGAGCGCGCGGCGCAGCUAGACGCCGAAGAAAGCUCCACGGGUCAGCCAUCUAUUUGGCGUCGGGUCUAUGCCUUGAUGAGAUGCCCUGGGCCGCCGUGCAGUCUGGGACCGCACUGCUGGAUUGAUGAUUACGGCAAGAAGCAUUACAAGCUGAAAUCGCAUCACUUUAGGUCUCUUAUCCGACACGUGGAGCAGGGCGGUAUGUUGGACAGUCAAAGUGACAUGCCAGAAGAUAUUCGCGACCAGCUUUAUGCCGAGGAACAGCAGCACGCCGAAAGACAGCGCAAGACUAGUGCUUCGUCAUCAAGCAAUCUCCCACCGAUUAACAUAACGAACGUGCUGCCAGCCUCAUCACCUGUCGCAUCGACCGUAGGUCCUGCAACCCCUGCUGCAGUCUCAUCUCCUGUCUGCUGCAAUGUUGCGUUGGCCUUGGAGAUUCCAGGGCCGAGAGAUGUAGCCGUGCGAAAGUAUUGCGUUUGGCAGUGUUCCCAGGUAGAGAGCGAAACGCUCAAGAAGGAGUUCUGGAAGGCGUGCAAGGCCGCGCUCGAUUGCGGUCUUGAUCUCGAGCAGGUGCAUGAAGAUCAAAACCCCAACUUUUUCGUCGAACAAGGCGUCAAGGUUGGCAUAGCGGGCCAGUUCGUCCGUGAUAUUGGAAAGUGGGUUGAAAAAUUUAGUGGAGUAUGA